AUGUCACCACAAACAGAGACUAAAGCAAGUGUUGGAUUCAAAGCUGGUGUUAAAGAUUAUAAAUUGACUUAUUAUACUCCUGAAUAUCAAACCAAAGAUACUGAUAUCUUGGCAGCGUUCCGAGUAAGCCCUCAACCUGGAGUUCCGCCUGAGGAAGCAGGGGCAGCAGUAGCUGCUGAAUCUUCUACUGGUACAUGGACAACUGUGUGGACCGAUGGGCUUACUAGUCUUGAUCGUUACAAAGGACGAUGCUACCACAUCGAGCCAGUUGCUGGAGAAGAAAAUCAAUUUAUUGCUUAUGUAGCUUACCCCUUAAAAAUAAUGGAGCCUUAA